GUGUUUUGUGCAGGUUUCAGCCAGCCCCCCCCCCCCCCCGCGCCGGUGCUUCGUCCCCCGCCGCCUGCGACUGCGGACAGGAUGAUCGAGGUGGUUUGCAGCGACCGUCUGGGCAAGAAAGUCCGUGUCAAAUGCAACACGGAUGACAUCAUCGGGGACCUGAAGAAGCUGAUCGCGGCCCAGACUGGCACCCGUUGGAAUAAGAUUGUAUUGAAGAAAUGGUACACGAUUUUUAAGGACCAUGUAUCUCUGGGGGACUAUGAAAUCCACGAUGGGAUGAACUUGGAGCUUUAUUAUCAAUAAAAGCAGAAUUUUAUUUAUUAAAAAAAAAAAAGAA